AUGCUAAUAUACCCUUUCAAUCUCGUUUUUCAGCCAAAAUCAUUCAGUAGUUCCGCAUUUCUAUUUUUGCAAUUAUUUUCUGCGGUAAUCGGAGUUUGCGUUAGAGAAGAUAAGAGAUUAGAUAUGUUUAGUAUGAAAUUCUCCAAAAACUUAUAUAAAAAAUACAUAAUUUGCGAAUCUUCAAUCUUUAUUUUUCUUCUUACGCUUUUCAUUGCCUUUGUAAAAAACAUAUACGAAUCAGUUGGCCCAAUGUACGAGGACAUAUUUUUCAAACUUAUUGAACAGAGCUCAACGUAUUCAGAAAAUUACGGAGUUUUUAUCACGUAUAUAAAAAAAUAUCUACUCAGCAACUUCAUUUCUUCGUUGCUUUUUGCCAUAGUAUACUACAAACUCUCGUUGAAAACAUUUAUGUUCCGAAAAACGAUAUUUAAAGUUAAAUUAAACUUUAAACACCUACCGUUGAUAUAUUUACUCCCGUCCAUAUACUUAUUCUCACAGAUAUUCAUCCCUCUACCAGCAGUUGACCAGAAUUCUUUGUUUUUCAAAAACGCGGUAAUCGCGAAUUCAAAACCUUUGACAUUUCCCGAAAACAAGAAGAAUAUCAUUGUUAUUACCGCGGAAUCCAUGGACUCUACAUUCUAUUCUUUAAAGAAUGGAGGAAUAACUCCAGAAAAUCUUGUUCCAUUUUUCGAAGAAUUGGCAUUAAAUCCAAAUUACACGCAUUUCUCGCAUCAGAAGAAGCCAUUAUUAGGUGGAAUGAAGACAACAAGUCGGAGUUGCCAUACAAUGGGAAGUGCAAUGGGAGCUGUCUGCGGAAUACCUUUUAUGGGAGAGAACGAAGUUAAAGGGAGAACAACAGGAUACAUGAAAGAACUUACUUGUAUAGGAGAACUCUUAGUUCAAGGUGGUUACACGACAUCAUCAACAUUCGGAUGUCCGUUUAACGACUGGGGAAUUGGAUAUGUAUUUAAAUACCAUGAUUUCCAAAGAAUAAAUACAAAUAACGACAUGGUUGGCCAAAAAGAAAGAAGAUUUUGGAUAAAUGAUUACGCUUCUUUCGAAUAUUUCAAAAAUGAAGUUACACAAUUAUCAAAAGGUGACAAACCUUUCUUUGCAUUCUUUGCAACUCUCGAUGCACAUGAACCUGGCUUUAUUUGCCCUUAUUGUCCUCAAGACAAAUACCCACAUCGAAUUUGGAGAUCUGUAAAAUGCACUGAUAACAAUCUCAAAAAAUUCAUGAUGUGGGCGAAAGAACAGCCUUGGUAUAAGAAUACUGUGAUUGUUAUUUAUGGAGAUCAUGUUUCUAGAUCAGAUUACGCUUUGUAUGCUUCUUCAACACAGAACUAUGAAAGAGGCGCGUUUAAUGUUUUUAUUAAUUCUGAAUUGAAAUCGAAUAAUACUUUCGAAAGGAACUUCUCUGUUUAUGACAUGUUCCCGACAAUUCUGGCAUCCGCUGGAAUCAAAAUUAAAGGAGAUAAGCUUGGUAUUGGAGUGAAUAUGUUCUCUGAUGAAAAAACUCAUAUAGAACAGUACUCUCAACAAGAAUUUGAAGACAGCUUCAAUGAUGCCACUUAUUGGUUUGAUACGGCAAUCCUUAAUAAACCAGCUCAAUGCGAUGGGUUUGCUCCUUGCAUUUCAGCUGAAAAAAUAGAUGUUUUUGUUAAUGUUACUAUUGUAUAG